UAUCUAUCUAUUCCAUUCAUUGAAAGCUUGUCCCACUUCAUCUUUCUUUCUUUCUUCCCACAAAUCUCUCUUCUUCUCUUCUCUUGCAUAUAUGCACCCAAAACUUCAGUGUCACCAACUCCAUCAUCUUUCAGUUUCAACUAUCUCACUGACACACACUUCAAAUUCCAUUUCUUCUAAUCCAAACCAAACAAAACAACCAUCGAUCAUCAAAAUCUAUUAGCACAAUUCAGUGUCUGAAUUUGUAAUCCUGUUCGUAAAUCGAGUCAACACUGAUCAGAAACCAAGUUCUAGAGCACAAUGGAAUCUGAAAAUGGAGUUGCAAUGGAGGACGAGAAACAUGUUAUUGGGGAAACAACCAAGGAGAGCCCAAAUAAAGAAGCUGAAAACAACCCUAAUGCAGAAAUGCAGGCCAAGAAUGAAGUAUCUGAACCGACAAUAGAACCUGAAAGCCACAACUCAACAGCAAGUAAAAUCCCAAAACGUUCCAAGGAGCCUGGUAGCAAGAAUGGUGUUGCUGGAAAGAACAAUAAACCUGCAACCAAAGAUAAACACAAUGUGAAGACCUCAACUUCAUCAUCUCAAACACAGAGGCCAAACAUUUCCAAGAGCCUUUCUUUCCCAGCCAAAUCAGCUCGCGGAGAUGGUAUGAAGAAAAGCACUGAUGGAAUUCUUGUGAAGACAGAAAGUAAGCUUGCUAAUCAAGGUAAUGGGGUUAGAUCUGCGACUUCCGUUCGACUUUCGAGCAGGUUGACAAACUCUGAAGUAAACUCUAAGGAGGCAAAGACAAAUCCUGGAAAUUCUAACCAAAGGACUUCUUUGGCAUCAAUGAAUAGCUUUAAACGCUCUGUGUUUGGAAGGUCUACUUCAGUUAAGGCAGUUGCCAAGAGUCUUACAUCUGAGGCAUCCAUACCUGUUGAUCAGAUUUCAAACCCAGCAAAAACUGAAAGAUCAAAUAAAGAGGAUGAUGAUUCUCAUUCCACUACUUCAAGUGCUACGCGGAGGAACAGUGGUUCUGGAUUUUCCUCCAGAUUGCAAGAACGAGCUGAAAAGCGGAAGGAGUUCUUCUCGAAGAUAGAAGAGAAAAUUCAGGAAAAGGAGGCAGAGAAAACUAACCUGCAAGAGAAAUCAAAGGAAAACCAGGAGGUGGAGAUCAAACAAAUGAGGAAGAAGAUGACAUUCAAAGCAGCUCCAAUGCCAAAUUUCUAUAAGGAACCUCCUCCAAAAGUUGAACUGAAGAAGAUACCUACAACACGCCCAAAAUCCCCAAAACUUGGAAGGAACAAAGGAUCUGCUGUGAACACCAAUUCAGAGGAUAAAUCUUGUUCUAGCCCUCGUGUGAAGCAACAGCUGAAUGAUUCAACCAAGGCAAAGAUAAAGGGAUAUAAAGAUGUGAUUUCAAAGAAACAAAACAAAAAAUCUCAAGCCAAGCUGCAGCCUCAGGAAACUGCAACCAACAAAACCGAAAGAGAUUCUACAAGUAAGGUCUCAGAAACCGACCAAGGUGCAAAAGCUGGUGUAGGAAGCAAUGAAGAAUGUCAAGAUCUACCAGUUAGCAAUGCUGAAUUCCAAAAUGGCAUGGUCCUAGAAUCCCAAAAUGACCUUGCUGAGAAUGGUGAUCUGGCCUUGAAUUCAUCCACAACUGAGAUUGUUUCAUAUGAGGUUACUGUUGGAGUAUAGAUUCCUGUACCUGAAAAGCAUUUAUUUAUGUAUACAUAGGACUCCCAUAUUACCAGUUAUUUCAUUAUUAUUAUUAUUGUGAAUAUAGAGGUUUGCUUCAUAUUCACCAUAAACAUGUAUUGCAUUGAAGAUAGUUGCUUCUUAUAUUGAAUUGUUACUGUUUGUAAUUGUAAGAGAGGCUUGUGAAUUCAUGAUUUUGCAAUCGGUUAAUGUGUUAAUGUGAUUUUGGUUAGAUUUUCA